CUCACUCCGCCAAUCCCCUCUCUUCCUCCUGUCGCCCCCAUGGCGCCGCUGCCCCUGCCUCCUCACCUCCCGUGGCCCCGCCCUCCCCGUCGCGUCUCUUCUCUCCAUCGUCAGUCGCGGAAGCCGCCACCAUGCUCGAGAGCGCGGCGCCGGCUCUCGAUCCGUCCGGCAGAAGCAGACGCUCGAUGCAGCGCUCCCCCGUCCCUCCCCCUCCUGCAUCAGCUGCAGGCGCUCGAUUCAGUGCUCUCCCGUCGCUCCUCCUCCUCCAUUGCCGGGAGGGGCGCGGCCUUCCUUGCGCCGCUGCUCCAGGACGCAGCCCCCCCUGCUCCAACCCUAACCCUAGCGUUGCUGCUGCUGGUCAAGGUGCACACGCGUCCAGGUGGCCAAGGUGUCUCCUCUACCACUUCAGACGUGUUUAGUCAGAUCCAGAAGGUGGAAUUCAGCUUUCUCAUUGGAACAGUCAGAAGUGCAAAAGUCUACAGAGAUUUAAAUUAUGAGACCUGUUCGUGUCUGUCAGUCAAGGUUAGAGUGGUCCUGCAGCUAUUUACUUAACUGCACAAUUUACGGAUGGCAUGCUUAACUGUAAAAUUUAAGGAUAUUUGAGCAUGUGCUUCACACCAGGCAGUAAUAAUUAGAAAAAAGGAGUAGAGAUGGAACUCCUAACUUAUUGACAUCCAAGUAUACUUUUUCUGUUCU